UGAGUUCAUAACUUAUCUACCGCGCGAGCAGCGUUAAUUUUUUUUUGCCCAAUGGUGCAAGUGCAAUCAGAAGAGAAAAUUAUAUAGUAGAUACAACUUUAUUUUACCACUCUCUUCAAGAAUUGGUUCGUUGCUUAAAUUUCUUGAUAGUGUUGUUCGAUUAGACUGUGUGUAUGGGAUGAAAGUGAAGAUAUCUCUGUCUGAUAUAAAAAAGUUAAUUUGAGUAAUCGGUCUCCAAAAUGUCUUCAAAUGACAUCUUUGUUUUAUUGUUAGUUUCUUCAGUGCCACUAUCGCAAAGUACCAUUGUGUGUCCAAGUUUCAAGGAUUAUUUUACGUCUAGGAUAAAUAAAAAUUGCUUCGAUAAUCCUGACGGUGAUGCUGAAGAGCCAAGUGUAAUCAUUCAACGACUUGGUUUCCACCACAAAACAUACCAAAUAACGACAGAAGACGGAUAUACAAUAAGUGUUGAACAAAUGCAUAAGACAAUUAAGAGAAAAACCCCGAUUAUAAUUGGUCCAGGGAUAUAUAUGAACAGUUUAGCUUUCAUCAAUAGGGGAAAUAAGUCACUUGCCUUUUUCUUAGCGAAUCAGGGAUACCAAGUAUGGAUUAUAAACUGGCGAGGAACGAGAUUCAGCAGAAAACAUAGUUAUCUUUCUCCAACAGACAGGAAUUAUUGGAAUAUGGGGUUUCACAAAAUGGCCGUAUUCGAUCUCAAGUCAGUGAUGGAGAAAGUAUUCGAGGAGUCGAAGAAUAAGGGAAUAUAUAUUGGAUUCUCCAUGGGAACGACCAUUGGUAUGAUUUUCAACAUGAAAGAGCAGGAAGUGGCAGAGAGAACUCUGAAGGGUAUGAUUCACAUGGCACCCAUCGCCAUAAUGGACGAUUUUAAGUCGAUAUUGAGAUAUUUAAAUCCACUCUGGCCUGUCGUGAGACCUCUUGCCAGUAGACUCCAUCAUGGGGAAGUCCUUCCCUAUAGAAGAAUAAGAAUCAUCUGUGGAUCGCAUCCAUUCCAAGUUUUCUUUUGCGAACUCCUCAUCCUACCAAUAUUCGGAAAUAGUUUUCGUUUCUUAGACCCUCUGACCUAUCCCAUUACAUCAAUACAGAAUCGCGAUUCUAUCUCCAUCAACACAGUUGAACAUUACCAUCAGAUUAUAAAGAGCGGGCAAUUUAUAGAAUUCGAUUUUGGCGUGGAAGAAAACUUGGAAAAAUACAACUCUGAGCAACCGCCAGUCUACGACUUGAAAAAAAUGACAUUACCACAGUUGAUGCUGGUAGGAGAGAGGGAUAUUGUAGCAACGAGAAAGGAUACUCAAAACCUAUAUGAAAAAAUACCUGAAAAGUCCAAAUGUGGAUAUUCUCUAGUGAAAAAAUAUGGACACAGAGAAUUUAUAAACGCCUUUGACGUUGAUGAAAUACUCUUUGACAAAGUCUUGAGUGCUGUCGAAAAAAUUGACGAAAAUAAAUGUAAUGUGAAUACUGAAAAUAAAUAGAAACGUUUUCGUUG